GCUUUUGGGACUCCAACUUCAUCGAUCUAAGCGAAGAUAUCUACUCAGAGGAUGAUCAAACAUCGGAGCGUGAUCAGACGGAACACAAAGACGUAUCUGAUGGAACAAUCUUUGCAGCUAUUUGCACCCAAAAUGGGAUGAUCACCAGCAGUGAAGGAGCAAGAUGCAACCCGUCUCCUAAGCUAAGCAAUAAGCAUAUGGCAAGACGCAGAAGUGUAAAGUGGAAGAAGGAUAUCGAGAUGGAAGUGCUAAGACUGAUCAAUCCAAGGGCACCGCGAUUCCUUCCGCUGGAACCCGACCCAGCAGAUGAAAUGGUCGAUCUGAGGCACCAGCAGAGAGACGAAAGGAAAAGUUCAGAAACAUGGAUGAUCGAUAAUGCACUUCAAAAGGCGGUGAGGAAAUUGACCCCUGCGCGGAGCAAGAAGGUAGCACUUCUCGUGGAGGCAUUUGAGACGGUCAUGUCCGUGCCUAUCCAUGACUUCACCUUGAAGAGUCCUACUUCAGAUCUUGGAAGACCAGUGCUAGCUUGAAGAUGAAUAAUGUCAUGGCGUAAAAGGUAAAGAAUGGUUUCUUCUGUCUUCUCUAAUUGAAGUUACUCUUGAAGUUCCAGGAAGGAUUGAGUAGAACGAGCUGUUUUGACUAUGUGGAUAUGAACAUGUUGAUUGAUGUGGCGUUGAAGGUAGGGUUGGUAGUUAAGAUGAUGUGUGGUUAAAGUUAAGAUGAUGUACAAUUAAAAUGAAAGUGUAUGUAUCCGAAUGGAUUAUUUUUAACGGGGUUCAAUUCUUCA